AUGUCCGCCGCUGAUCCGUGCCAGUCUAUGACUCGUUCCUGCUUCUUCCAGUCUCCCAGGCCGUUAACAUUGACGGCCGCGAAGGCAGACUGCGUGCAGAGCCAUUCCUCCCUGUUUCCACCGACGGAGAUCAGCGCAACAGCAGGAUCGCAAAGAAUAGGGAGGACCAGGGGGGACGCGAGAAGAGAAGCAGCUGCGAGAAGCCACGCAAGCGUCAGUAAAAGCAAGAAGGUGAGAGAAAGCGACCGUAGUAUAGCGGAGAGCUCUGUCCUUCUAUCACCCCGCCCCAUUCUCCCGCUUUCCAUCACCCCGCCCCAUUCUCCCGAUUUCAAUCACCCCGCCCCAUUCUCCUGCUUUCCAUCACCCCGCCCCAUUCUCCCGCUUUCCAUCACCCCGCCCCAUUCUCCCGCUUUCCAUCAUCCCGCCCCAUUCUCCCUCCUUCCAUCACCCCGCCCCAUUCUCCCGCUUUCCAUCACUCCGCCCCAUUUUCCCUCCUUCCAUCACCCCGCCCCAUUCUCCCUCCUUCCAUCACCCCGCCCCAUUCUCCCGCUUUCCAUCACCCCGCCCCAUUCUCCCGCUUCCCAUAACCCCACCCCAUUCUCCCGCUUUCCAUCACCCCGCCACAUUCUCCCACUUUCCAUCACCCCGCCCCCUUCUCUCUCCUUCCAUCACCCCGCCCCAUUCUCCCUCCUUCCAUCACCCCGCCCCAUUCUCCCGCUUUCCAUCAGCCCGCCCCAUUCUCCCGCUUUCCAUCACCCCUCCCCUUUCUCCCGCUUUCCAUCUCCCCGCCCCAUUCUCCCGCUUUCCAUCACCCCGCCCCAUUCUCACGCUUUCCAUCACCCCGCCCCAUUCUUCCGCUUCCCAUCAUCCCGCCCCAUUCCCCCGCUUUCCAUCACCCCUCCCCUUUCUUCCUCCUUCCAUCACCCCGCCCCAUUCUCUCGCUUUCCAUCACCCCGCCCCAUUCUCCCGCUUUCCAUCACCCCGCCCCAUUCUCCCGCUUUCCAUCACCCCGCCCCAUUCUUCCUCCUUCCAUCACCCCGCCCCAUUCUCCCGCUUUCCAUCACCCCGCCCCAUUCUCCCUCCUUCCAUCACCCCGCCCCAUUCUCCCUCAUUCCAUCACCCCGCUCCAUUCUCCCGCUUUCCAUCACCCCGCCCUAUUCUCCCGCUUCCCAUAACCCCACCCCAUUCUCCCGCUUUCCAUCACCCCGCCACAUUUUCCCACUUUCCAUCACCCCGCCCCCUUCUUUCUCCUUCCAUCACCCGCCCCAUUCUCCCUCCUUCCAUCACCCCGCUCCAUUCUCCCGCUUUCCAUCAGCCUGCCCCAUUCUCCCGCUGUCCAUCACCCCGCCCCUUUCUCCCGCUUUCCAUCACCCCGCCCCGUUCUCCCGCUUUCCAUCACCCCGCCCCAUUCUCCCGCUUUCCAUCACCCCGCCCCAUUCUCCCGCUUUCCAUCACUCCGCCCCAUUCUCCCGCUUUCCAUCACCCCGACCCAUUCUCCCACUUUCCAUCACCCCGCCCCAUUCUCCCUUCUUCCAUCACCCCGCCUCAUUCUCCCUCCUUCCAUCACCCCGCCCCAUUCUCCCGCUUUCCAUCACCCCGCCCCAUUCUCCCGCUUUCCAUCACUUAGCCCCAUUCUCCCGCUUUCCAUCACCCCGCCCCAUUUUUCCUCUUUCCAUCACCCCGCCCCAUUCUCCCGCUUUCCAUCACCCUGCCCCAAUCUCACGCUUUCCAUCACCCCGCCCCAUUCACCCUCCUUCCAUCACCCCGCCCCAUUCUCCCGCUUUCCAUCACCCCGCCCCAUUCUCCCUCCUUUUAUCACCCCGCCCCAUUCUCCCGCUUUCCAUCACCCCGCCCUGUUCUCCCGCUUCCCAUAACCCCACCUUAUUCACCCGCUUUCCAUCACCCCACCACAUUUUCCCGUUUUCUAUCACCCCGCCCCAUUCUUCCUCCUUCCAUCACCCCGCCCCAUUCUCCCGCUUUCCAUCACCCCGCCCCAUUCUCCCGAUUUCCGUCACCCCGCCCCAUUCUCCCGCUUUCCAUCACCCCGCCCCAUUCUCCCGCUUUCCAUCACCCCGCCCCAUUCUCCCGCAUUCCAUCAUCCCGCCCCAUUCUCCCUCCUUCCAUCACCCCGCCCCAUUCUCCCGCUUUCCACCACUCUGCCCCAUUCUCCCUCCUUCCAUCACCCCGCCCCAUUCUCCCUCCUUCCAUCACCCCGCCCCAUUCUCCCGCUUUCCAUCACCCCGCCCCAUUCUCCCGCUUCCCGUAACCCCACCCCAUUCUCCCGCUUUCCAUCACCCCGCCAAAUUUUUCGACUUUCCAUCACCCCGCCCCCUUCUCUCUCCUUCCAUCACCCCGCCCCAUUCUCCCUCCUUCCAUCACCCCGCCCCAUUCUCCCGCUUUUCAUUAGCCCGCCCCAUUCUCCCGCUCUCCAUCACCCCUCCCCUUUCUCCCGCUUUCCAUCUCCCCGCCCCAUUCUCCCGCUUUCCAUCACCCCGCCCCAUUCUCCUGCUUUCCAUCACCCCGCCCCAUUCUUCCGCUUCCCAUCAUCCCGCCCCAUUCUCCCGCUAUCCAUCACCCCGCCCCAUUCUCCCUCCUUCCAUCACCCCGCCCCAUUCUCUCGCUUUCCAUCACCCCGCCCCAUUCUCCCGCUUUCCAUCACCCCGCCCCAUUCUCUCGCUUCCCAUCAUCCCGCCCCAUUCUCCCGCUAUCCAUCACCCCGCCCCAUUCUCCCUCCUUCCAUCACCCCGCCCCAUUCUCUUGCUUUCCAUCACCCCGCCCCAAUCUCCCGCUUUCCAUCACCCCGCCCCAUUCUCCCGCUUUCCAUCACCCCGCCCCAUUCUUCCUCCUUCCAUCACCCCGCCCCAUUCUCCCGGUUUCCAUCACCCCGCUCCAUUCUCCCUCCUUCCAUCACCCCGCCCCAUUCUUCCUCAUUCCAUCACCCCGCCCCAUUCUCCCGCUUUCACCCCGCCCCAUUCUCCCUCUUUCCAUCACCCCGCCCCAUUCUCCCGCUUUCCAUCACCCCGCCCCAUUCUCCCGCUUUCCAUCACCCCGCUCUAUUCUCCCGCUUUCCAUCACCCCGCCCAAUUCUCCCUCUUUCCAUCACCCCUCUCCAUUCUCCCUCUUUCCAUCACCCCGCCCCAUUCUCCCUCUUUCCAUCAUCCCGCACCAUUCUCCCUCUUUCCAUCACCCCGCACCAUUCUCCCGCUUUCCAUCACCCCGCACCAUUCUACUGCUUUCCAUCACCCCGCCCCAUUCUACUGCUUUCCAACACCCCAUCCCAUUCUCCCGCUUUCCAUCACCCCGCUCAAUUUUCCCUCUUUCCAUCACCCCGACCCAUUCUCCCUCUUUCCAUCACCCCGCCCCAUUCUCCCCCAAUCCAUCACCCCUCCCCAUUUUCACUCAUUCCAUCACCCCUUCCCAUUCUCCCGCUUUCCAUCACCCCGCCCCAUUCUCCCCCAAUCCAUCACCCCGCCCCAUUUUCACUCUUUCCAUCACCCCGUCCCAUUCUCCCGCUUUCCAUCACCCCGCCCCAUUCGCCCGCUUUCCAUCACCCCGCUCCAUUCUCCCGCUUUCCAACACCCCACCCAAUUCUCCCUCUUUCCAUCACCCCUCCCCAUUCUCCCUCUUUCCAUCACCCAGCCCCAUUCUCCCGCUUUCCAUCACCCCACCCCAUUCUCCCUCUUUCCAUCACCGCGCCCCAUUCUCCCUCUUUCCAUCACCCCGCCCCAUUCUCUCGCUUUCCAUCACCCCGCCCCAUUCUCCCAUUUUCCAUCACACCACCCCAUUCUCCCGCUUUCCAUCACCCCGCUCCAUUCUCCCGCUUUCCAUCACCCCUCCCCUUUCUCCCGCUUUCCAUCUCCCCGCCCCAUUCUCCCGCUUUCCAUCACCCCGCCCCAUUCUCCCUCUUCCCAUCACCCCGCCCCAUUCUCCCCCAAUCCAUCACCCCGCCCCAUUUUCACUCUUUCCAUCACCCCGUCCCAUUCUCCCGCUUUCCAUCACCUUGCCCCAUUCUCCCGCUUUCCAUCACCCCGCUCCAUUCUCCCGCUUUCAAACACCCCACCCAAUUGUCCCUCUUUCCAUCACCCCUCCCCAUUCUCCCUCUUUCCAUCACCCAGCCCCAUUCUCCCGCGUUCCAUCACCCGGCCCCAUUCUCCCUCUUUCCAUCAUCGCGCCCCAUUCUCCCUCUUUCCAUCACCCCGCCCCAUUCUCUCGCUUUCCAUCACCCCGCCCCAUUCUCCCGUUUUCCAUCACACCGCCCCAUUCUCCCGCUUUCCAUCACCCCGCUCCAUUCUCCCGCUUUCCAUCAACCCGCCCCAUUCUCCCUCCUUCCACCAACCCGCCCCUUUCUCCCGCUUUCCGUCACCCCGCCCCAUUCUCCCACUUCCCAUCACCCCGCCCCAUUCUUCCGCUUUCCAUCACCCCGCCCCAUUCUCCCUCCUUCCAUCACCCCGCCCCAUUCUCUCUCCUUCCAUCACCCCGCCCCAUUCUCCCGCUUUCCAUCACCCCGCCCCACUCUCCCACUAUCUAUCACGCCGCCCCAUUCUCGGCUUUCCAACACCCCGCCCCAUUCUCCCGCUUUCCAUCACACCGCCCCAAUCUCCCGCUUUCCAUCACCCCGCCCCAUUCUCCCGCUUUCCAUCACCCCGCCCCAUUCUCCUACUUUCCAUCACCCCGCCCCAAACUCCUGCUUUCUAUCACCCUCCCCCAUUCUCCCUCCUUCCAUCACCCCGCCUCAUUCUCCCGCUUUCCAUCACCCCGCCCCAUUCUCCCGCUUUCCAUCAUCCCGCCCCAUUCUCCCUCCUUCCAUCACCCUGCCCUAUUCUUCCGCUUCCCAUCAUCCCGCCCCAUUCCCCCGCUUUCCAUCACCCUGCCCAUUCUCCCGCUUUCCAUCACCACGCCCCAUUCUCCCUCUUUCCACCACCCCGCCCCAUUCUCCCUCUUCCCAUCACCCCGCCCCAUUCUCCCGCUUUCCAUCACCCCGCCCCAUUCUCCCUCUUUCCAUCACCCCGCCCCAUUCUCCCGCUUUCCAUCACCCCGCCCCAUUCUCCCUCUUUCCAUCACCCCGCUCCAUUCUCCCGCUUUCCAUCACCCCACCCAAUUCUCCCUCUUUCCAUCACCCCUCCUCAUUCUCCCUCUUUCCAUCACCCGCCCCAUUCUCCCGCUUUCCAUCACCUCGCCCCAUUCUCCCGCUUUCCAUCACCCCGCCCCAUUCUUUUGCUUUCCAUCACCCCGCUCCAUUCUCCCGCUUUCCAUCACCCCACCCAAUUCUCCCUCUUUCCAUCACCCCUCCUCAUUCUCCCUCUUUCCAUCACUCCGCCCCAUGCUCCCGCUUUCCAUCACCCCGCCCCAUUCUCCUGCUUUCCAUCACCCCGCCCCAUUCUCCCUCCUUCCAUCACUCCGCCUCAUUCUCCCUCCUUCCAUCACCCCCCCCCAUUCUCCCGCUUUCCAUCAUCCCGCCCCAUUCUCCCGCUUUCCAUCACCCAGCCCCAUUCUCCCACUCCCCAUCACCCCGCCUUAUUUUCCCGCUUUCUAUCACCCCGCCCCAUUCUCACGCUUUCCAUCACCAUGCCCCAAUCUCCCGCUUUCCAUCACCCCGCCCCAUUCUCCCUCCUUCCAUCACCCUGCCCCAUUCUCCCGCUUUCCAUCACCCCGCCCCAUUCUCCCGCUUUCCAUAACCCCGCCUCAUUCUCCCUCCAUCCUUCACCCGCCCCAUUCUCCCUCCUUCCAUCACCCCGCCCCAUUCUCCCUCCUUCCAUCACCCCGCCCCAUUCUCCCGCUUUCCAUCAGCCCACCCCAUUCUCCCGCUUUCCAUCACCCCGCCCCAUUCUCCCGCUUUCCAUCACCCCGCCCCAUUCUCCCGCUUUCGAUCACCCCGCCCCAUUCUCCCGCUUUCCAUCACCCCGCCCCAUUCUCCCGCUUUCCAUCACCCUGCCCCAUUCUCCCGCUUUCCAUCACCCCGCCCCAUUCUCCCGCUUUCCAUAA